AUGGCCGCCUCUACUCCUCGCUUCUCCCCUAACGACGUCACUGUCGUCUUCUUCCUCGGUGGUCCAGGAAGCGGCAAGGGUACUCAAUCCGCAAACCUAGUCAAGGAUUAUGGCUUCGUCCACCUCUCCGCGGGAGACCUCCUCCGCGCCGAACAAAUUCGCGAGGGAAGCCAGUACGGCGAUAUGAUCAAGACUUAUAUCCGUGAAGGAAAGAUCGUCCCCAUGGAAGUUACCGUUGCUUUGCUCUCCAACGCCAUGGCCGAUUCUCUUGCUGCGAACCCCGUUCCUGCUGGUACUAAGGCGCGUUUCCUGAUUGAUGGUUUCCCUCGUAAGCUGGAUCAGGCGGUUUUCUUUGAGGCUACUGUUUGUCCUUCUGAGGUUGUCCUUUUCCUUGAUUGCCCUGAGGCCGUUAUGGAGACUAGACUUCUGAAGCGUGGUGAGACCAGUGGUCGUGAUGAUGAUAAUGCGGAGUCUAUUCGCAAGCGUUUCCAUACUUUUGUUGAGACUUCCAUGCCUGUUGUGGAUGAUUUCGAGAAGAAGGGCAAGGUUGUUAAGGUUCAGGCUACUGGAUCUGUUGAGGAGGUUUAUGCUGAGGUGCGGGCUGGUAUUGAGGCCAGGAAUCUGCACCCUCGUUAG